AUGCUACUCAUCGCCCCAAUAUUACAAGUCAUACUUUUCUUAUCGAUCGCAUCCUCCUUUGCUGUCUUAAAUCCAGUUGGAAGUAUCGGGUCCAAAGCGACCGCCCAAGAUGGAGCAUGCAUCAAGCAAGGCGGUCUCUGUGCCCAAGCACGCUGUUGCAGAAACUCGGGCCUAGAAUGUCAACUAGACGGUUAUGGCAUCCAUUUUUGCGAAAAUGAAAAUGAAAAUGCACCUCCGAUUACUAGAUCGAUAUUGGAUACUUUCCAUGAGAUCCUUCGAGCGUUUGGGGAUAGGGCUUCGGCGGUUUUGAAUACCCUCGCUCAUCAGUCUAAACAUCAAGAGGUUGGUGAAGGUGUUGGGUUGAAAAUGGAGGUUUCUUUGAGACUGGGUGAUGAGGUUAUCACUGCGAAGGAAACUUGUAGUAAAGCUGGAUCAUCUUGCGAUUUUCACCAAGGCGAACACUGUUGCUCCUCACUUGUUUGCUACACGUCCCGAAGUUCAAGCAUAAGUGAAUGCCGUCCACCUUCCGAUGUAAAGUCCGAAGACGAAGAAACUCUGGAUGUAUUGCUGAAACCACAUCUGUCACUUGAACAGAACUCGAACUUGAAUUCGAAUAUGGAUGAAAGUCUUGAGUCAGAAGAAGAGAAGAAAGAAGAAGCAAACAAGUGGGAUUUUCUGGAAGUAAUCGAAAUGCCGCCUAGACUAGACGAUAUCAACGAACUACCCAAGUGUAAACCAAUGAACAUGAAAUGCAAUCCUAUAAGCGGCAUCAGAGUUUGCUGUCCAGACUUAGAUUGCAUACAAGUAGGCCCCGCAUAUGAAGACUUCGAAUGUAGGCAAGCUCUGGGAGAUUGGGGCAAAGAGGGAGCUACAAUAUCUACAUACAAGGAGAAAAGUGGCGGUAAAUCGCAGUGGUUUCUUGGUGGCUGA